ACAUUUCUCAUAAAUCUUCUCUUCUCUAUUCUCUAUUCCCUCUAUCACAACUCAUAAAUUUAUUAUAUUAAAUUAAUGGAGGCUCAAGAACACAAUAAACGUAGACGUGUUGUUUACUCUAUCGAACCAAACAAAAUAGUGCAAACUAUAUUUGCUAGAAAAUAUUUAAGUUAUUUAGUUCCGGCGUUGAUGAAGAUAAAGGAAAACCCUAGUUCUGGAAAAGAUAACAGCAGUUAUGUUAAGUAUGAAGUGGACAUGGCAAUGGUUUUAUCAGCUCAAGGUUCUGCAUGGAGUAAUGGUCUUAAACUCAAGCUUCAAAAGGAUCAUGUUAAUGAUAAGAGUAGUAGCAUAGUUGAGAGUGAGAAUGAAGAUGAGGAAAAGAUGAAGAAUUUGAUAAAGUUGAUACCUGGUGGUGAAGAGAUUUGUGAUGAACAAGUUGUUAAUGAAGUGGAAAGUUAUAUAAGAUGUUUGCAAAUGCAGGUGAAUGUUCUUCAAUGUCUAUUGGAAGAGAUGUGUUGAUUGAUUUUUUAUAUAUCUUAGUUUUUGGAUUUUAAUUUCUACAAACUAUGUUAAAUUCAAGAUAUGAUGUUGUUUAAGACACUUUAUACUAUACUUUUUUGUACCUAUAUCAAGGAAAAGUAGUUAUUUAAUCAAUUAAUUAUU